GAGAGAGGGAGAGAGGGAGAGAGAGAUAGAGAGUGUGGAUGCGGGAGUGCGAGGGCCGGGAGAGAUGACGACGACGACGAGGAGAUCCGGUGGUUGCCUGCGGUGUUGCCUGGUGGUGUUCGCGGUGGUGUCGGCUCUCGGCGUCUGCGGGCCGGCUCUCUACUGGAAGCUGAAGAAGGGCGUCAAGUUUGCCGGCUCCAAGCUCUCCUGCCCUCCCUGCGUCUGCGAUUGCCCUCCUCCCCUCUCUCUCCUCAACAUUGCUCCCGGGUUGGCAAACCUCUCUGUUACAGAUUGUGGGAGUAACGACCCUGAACUCAAGCAAGAGAUGGAGAAGCAGUUUGUUGACCUUCUGGCAGAGGAGUUGAAACUGCAAGAAGCCGUGGCUGAAGAGCAUAUUCGCCAUAUGAACAUCACCUUUGCUGAGGCAAAAAGAGUGGCUUCCCAGUAUCAAAGGGAAGCGGAGAAGUGCAACUCUGCCACAGAAAUUUGUGAGGAGGCAAGAGAGCGUGCGCAGGCAUUGUUGAUAAAGGAGAGAAAGGUGACAUUGAUGUGGGAGAAACGAGCCCGUCAAAUGGGCUGGGAAGGGGAAUAGAGACCAAGGUUAAGUUAAUUUUUGCUUCAUUUCACCUCAUGAAUUGUACAACUCGCGGCAUCAACACAUGCAGUUAAGCAGAACUGUCCAGGAUUGUUGCUUUCCUCCUUCCACCAAUAUCCAACUUGCAGGCACCCUGCCGGAGAAGGGGAAGAAAAAAGAAACUUAAGCUCUAUCACUUUACAUAGAAUGUAUGUGUUUAUUUGUGUACCGUAAAGAUGGUGCAAGUUUGCCAUGUACUCUUCGAGGAUCUCCCCUUUAUUGUAAAACCAGAUGUCCUGCUAAUAUUAUCAUGUUGAGCAUUCUCU